CAAGUUGAAGAAAACUCAUAAAGAGGUGUUGCUCUGGCGGCUAGAGGGAUGGACGCGUAUACUUCGUGUAAGAGAUGUGGUGAAGUGGAGAUUGCUGAACAUCUGUUCUUUACUUGCCCUUUUGCAAGGCGGGUGUGGGAGCUCCUCCCAGUCAAUAGGCUGCCCUCUUUGAAUGGGACUUGGACUGUUAAGGAGCUUCUAGUGGAAGCUCGCAAGGCGAUCACUCUCCCUCCGGUGGGAGUAAGCUUGACCCCUCUGUACCCGUGGUUGCUCUGGUUCUUGUGGAAGGCCCGUAACCUGCUGAUAUUUGAAAAUCGACUCAGCUCGGAGGAAGACACGGUCCUUAGAGCUGUCAAGGAAGCAACAGCGUGGCAGGAGGCCAAAGCCCUCUCUCCUUUGAAACCGACUAGCAGUAAAAGAGAGGCUCGCAGUCCAGCUCACAAAGAUGCUCUUUGGUGCUUCUCUGACGCAGCUUGGAAGGCGGAGAGCAGCUGCUGCGGACUGGGGUGGAUCAUCAAGGAUCCAGCCAAGAAAGUGAUCCAUCAGGGAUCCUCCUCAAGACCCUUUGUUUCUUCUGCGCUUGUAGCAGAGUCACUGGCUUUAAAAGCGGCGAUUUCGGCGGCUUUAGCUUUGGGUGUUUCAAGAGUGGCCUGCUUCUCGGAUUGUCAAGAGCUUAUGCUCCUCCUCAAUGCCGAAGGCCAUGCUAAUGAGAUCGAUGGCAUUUUAGAGGACAUAAAGCUCCUCAUUUUGAACUUUCUCUCUGUUUCCUUUCAUUUUAUCCCGCGUGUGGAAAACUCUGAGGCUGACUUGCUUGCAAAGUCAGCUCUGUUACCCUGUUCUUCCUCCUUCUGUUUGGGAGUCUGAGUUCAAUCAAGGAUACAAUUCCAA